AUGUGGUUUCUCUAUGUUGUCUUUGUGUUCUCUUAUCAGGGUGAAGAAGGCCUAAGAGGACCGCCAGGACCGGUGAGGAGUGCAUUGUUGUGGCUUUAAUAUUUCAUGUGACUGUUUAUGACUGAGACAUAAACUGAUGUUAUUUAAGAGACUGUUUUAAAGUUAUGUACUGUAGUUCCUUUUUGAGUUAUUGGAGAGAGGAGUACCUGAGGGGUGUAAACAAGACUAGCCUGGACUCUACAGUAUGUGUUAGUCCAGUACAUUAUUCAUGCUCCACAGUCACAAUGUUUUGGCUACAUGUUUUCAGAUCUGAGAGUACCUGCAAUCCAUGCUCUGUCUCCUCUGAUCCCUCAAAGACAAUCCUGAAUCUAUACGUGCAGUACCUGACUAUGUAAUCGUAAUGGACAGCCAUACCUUUACUGGGGCCUAUCAACACGAUAUAUAAAAAGGAUAUUAUGUUGACCGUAAUGGACAGCCAUACUUUUGGUAGACAAUCCAGACUCUAAAUAAUUGUGAGAACAACAGACUGUUCCCAGACUCAUCUGAGAUCUGUCGGUUCUUAAUUCAACCUCCUGAUUUCUUAAUAGCCGGUGAUCCAAGUGGAAAUGAGCCAACUUUCCAUCACCACACGCUGAACAAAUAUUCCCUCUGCACUAAUGAACUAAUUCUCCAACGACUACUUUAUUUCACUCUGCAUGCGUCCCAAAUGGUCCCUUAUUCCCUACAUAGUGCCCUACUUUGGAACACGCAUGCUCCAACCACUGAUUUCUUUCACUGGGUGUGUCCCAAAUGGCACCCUGUGGGCCCUGGUCAAAAGUAGUGCACUAAAUAGGCAAUAGGGUGCCAUUUAAUAUGAAUCCCUUAUCUCAGCUGGAGUCAGGUCCACUUGUUCUUAAACGUUUAAUUUACAAUUUAACAAUGGCAGGUAAUGAGUCCCCCUUAAUGGCUAUAAAGCUUUUUCUUUCCUUGCAAUUAUUUGUGUAAGAAGUUUUAUUAGGACCACUUAAUCGGACUCAAUUAACUGGACUGGAUUACAUUUUGAAAUAGAUGUUUAAGAUUGAAGCGAUAAGGGAGCAAAAUGAUUUAAAAUGGUCAAUUAUGUUGCUAUUUUAGGCCUACAGUCUUCUGAGGUUUGGUUGGAACACCCAAAGUCCAGUAUGUUAUCAUGUGAUGUUGUCUCCGGCUGGGGCAGCCUUCUACUUAUAAUUAUCAAAUACAUUCAGUCAAUCAAUUAAUCAUGUGGCUCCCAAAACGGUUUUUGAAUGCCAAAUCAACUAUGCCAAUUGUCGAAUGCCAAAUCACCCCCUAGCCCCUACUCCCUACAGACACACUAUAUCAGAGAGGAUUGGAUAAGUAGCUAUACUCUUUAGAGCUAGUGGUUCAAUUUGCCAUCCCCUGAUCUGGCCUCCAUAAUACUCAUCCCGUCCCGUCCCGUCCCCCAUACCCACAAUGCAUCUAUGAUUACCAGUCCCUGUGCUACCCAGCUAUGCCACUAGCAACCUGCUGCUCCAGCUGAGGACUAUGACAACCAGGCCUCCCCUGCUGAAAAGGUUAACCAACCUUGCCCUGCACUCCUCAGAACCACCUUUCAAAGCCACCAUUCAUCCUUCCUUCACCAGCCGUCAAGGAAUUUUUUACUAUCAUAUGGUAGUAUAACAAUAAUGGUGUUAGGGCAGCUUUUGUAAUUUAAAAGUUUCUUGUUUGAAGAGUGACUGAGUCUGAUUUAAUGAAUAAACGGUUAGCUAGCUGCGCGGCAUGGCUAGGCUGCUGGUGGCGUUAGCUCUGGCUGUGAGUUUCAGGAGUGGCUAGCCUCGUCUGAUAUGCAGCUACGGUAAAAUACUAACUAACUAACUAACUAACCACAGCUAGGAAAAGAGGGUAAUUAAGCAUGUCCAAAUGUAGCACAGUAACAGGACAAAAAAAGAUGUCCACAGCCAGCCAACCCACUAGUCAGCAUGGGGAUGCUGUUGUUCUGACACUGUGUGGACCCGUCACCCAGAACACACAUCCCACCCCUCAAGUCUCAUGUCAGUAUGAAAAAUGUAUGCACUCACUAACUGUAAGUCGCUCUGGAUAAGAGCGUCUGCUAAAUGACUAAAAUGUAAAUGUAAAUGGUAAUAGCUUAAUCUUGCCUUCUGAUUGGCUGGGUGGAAAUGUCCCCAUAUUGCCUCCAUCCAUCUAUCCAAUCCUCUCUGGUCUACAUUAGUGGCUUCGGAGUACGUUCAUUUAGAUUUCAGUAGUUCAUAAAAGUCAUUUAUCAAUUCAUAAAUGGGUCUUGUUUGAAUAUUUAGCUCCAAUCUCACUUCAAGGAACGUUUAUUUUUCCACUUCCCAGUAACAGAUCAUGGAUGCGUCCCAAAUAGCAACAAGUCAAAAGUAGUGCACUAUGUAGGGAAUGCCAUUUGGGACGUAUUGGGAUCAUUUCUGCUAUAAAGCGUUUAAUUCCCUGACUCUGCAGAAGCCAGGGUUCAGACCAUUACCCUCCUUCCUGUUCAUUAGUGCAGAGGAGGAACCACCAGGCAGGGUUAUAGGCAUGCAUGACCCUCCAUGACCCACAGACAGCCCACACAUCGCCCUUGACCAGACACUGACUGAAGGCUACAGAUAUAAGAGACAAGAUUAGAACAAAUUGACAAGCUUUAGGAGACAGACUGAUAUUUGGAACUUGAAGCAAUAAAAGGCUUAUUUCCACAAUUAACUUGUUGUACAACAUCACAGGAAAGAUCAGGACAUCGUUUUACAGGCUAUGGACAAGAGCAGAAGGCUAAAAGAUUACAACAAAUUGGCAAACUUGUAAAUAGAUAUUUAUGUCAGUCUGAGAUCUUGAAAUGAAAGCCAAAACAAAACGUAUUUUCACUAAAAUGGCCCGGCUUGACCAGACACACACAGAAUAAUAGGAAGACAAGGAACAGGGUUAGAACAAAUUGACAAACUUGUUCAAUAGAAAAAUAUAUUUUUUUUUGCUAGCUUUUGGAGGCAGUCUAAGAUGUUGAACUUGAAGCCAAACCAAAACAUAUGUACACUGAAUUGCAGGUUUCCAGACUACAAUUGUGGUACAACAUCAUGGGAAAGCUCAGGACAUCAUUUUACAGCUUGAAAAGUUUAUUUCCAUUACUGUGGGCAUGCAUCCCAAAUGGCACCCUAUUCCCUAUAUAGUGCAUUACUUUUGACCAGAGCCCUAUGGACACUGCUCAAAAAUAGUGCGCUAUAAAGCGGAUAGGAUGCCAUUUGGGAUAUACACUUGGCAUUUAACGAUCCAUACCCUGGCUGGAGGACUGCUCCACAGGUGGGCUUUGUAUCCCCACAAUGAUGAUUGGCCGAUUCUGGGACAUUCAUCCCAAAUGGCACCCUAUUCCCUACAUAGUGCACUACUUUUGACCAGAGCCCUAUGGUACUAUUUACCCCACUUUAUUGAGAAUAGGGUGCCAUUUGGGACACAUGGCAGAGGUGCUAGUCUAGUGGAAGAGGGUCUGGUCACAGACUGGCACUCAUCUUUAGUGUCACAGAAAACACUCCUCCCCUCCUUUUCUCUCUUAAAAUACUCCUUUAGUUUAACUUUGACAACCCAAACUGCAGUUCCGAUCAUAGCCAAGUGCAGAGCCAAGUGCAGAGCCAAGUGCAUUCAAUAAGGGAGGUUAGGGGGUCCGUCUUACCUACCGAAAGAGUGACAAUCAAAAAGACAGCUCAUUUUUCUAUCUUCUAUCCUUUCGAUCCAGGUGAUGACAGCUCAUGGACUGAGACAUCUGUCUGGCUCUGUAAGCAUAAACAUCCUAUCUUUAACUUAUGUUCUAGUCAGUCACAAUGGGAGUAGUGCUCUCACUGGUAACUCUAUAUUUUGUGUUAUCAUAAUAAAAGUUAUUUUAUAUAAAAUGUUCCGCAUUUCAUAAUGACCUUAUUUAUUUUUUUGUUUUAGGAGGCUGAAGCAGGAGAAAAGGGCCAGAAAGGAGAAAUGGGUGAUCCGGUAAGGACAGGAUACAUGCCAUCCUGCUCACUGUGUUCAUAGGAUUUGUAUAUGGGGCGGCGCGCAAUUGGCCCAGCGUCGUCCAGGGUAGGGGAGGGAAUGGCCGGCAGGGAUGUAGCUCAGUUGAUAGAGCAUGGCGUUUGCAACGCCAGGGUUGUGGGUUCGAUUCCCACAGGGGGUAUGGAAAAAAUUAUAAUAAUGUAAGUCGCUCUGGAUAAGAGCGUCUGCUAAAUGACGUAAAUGUAAUGUAAAUGUAUAUAAUUAACCGUAUAAGAAAUCAGCUCCCCACUGUCCAUUUCAUCUAUUUCAUGAUGACCUAAACAGCUAAACUGGUCCUAGAUCAGCACUCCUACUCUGAUAUGCUUUGUGUUUUGGGGUCCAGAUCAGACAAAGACUAAUAUAUUGAUGUUCACAGCACAAAGAAACAGUGCGUGCGUGCGUGCGUAUGUAUGUGUGUGUGUGUGUGUGUGUGUGUGUGUGUGUGUGUGUGUGUGUGUGUGUGUGUGUGUGUGUGUGUGUGUGUGUGUGUGUGUGUGUGUGCACUGUGUUAGGGAAUAGGGUGCCAUUUGGGAUACACACAAAAAGAUAUCUGAAAGAGCUGUUGGCAAAGAAUCAAAGAAUCAAAUAUGAAAAAACGAAAUUCAAAGGAGGUCAAACUUUAUUGUGCCACACAUCAUCAACAGCUACGUGGUUUAGAUUGAAAUGCUGUUUAGAACAAGUGUAAUAGCUUUUCAAAGUGAGUCUGAGUUGGACCAACUAUUGGCUACUAUUGUACAGUGGUGGAAAAAGUACUAAACUGUCGUACUUGAGUAAAAGUAAAGAUACCUUAAUAGAAAAUGACUCAAGUAAAAGUGAAAGUCACCCAGUAAAAUACUACUUGAGUAAAAAUCUAAAAGUAUUUGGUUUUAAAUAAACUGAAGUAUCAAAAGUAAAUGUCAUUGCAAAAAUAUUCUUAAGUAUCUAAAGUAAAAGUAUAAAAUCAUUUCAUAUUCCUUGUAUUAAGCAAACCAGACGGCACAAUGUUCUUGUCUUUUUUAUUUAUGGAUAGCCAGGGUCACAAUCCAACAUUCAGACAUCAUUAACAAACCAUUUGUGUUUAGUGAGUCCGCCAGAUCAGAGGCAGUAGGGAUGACCAGGAAUGUUCUCUUGAUAAGUGGUGAAUUGGACCAUUUUCCUGUUCACGCUAAGCAUUAAAAAUGUAACGAGUACUUUUGGGUGUCAGGGAAAAUGUAUGGAGUAAAAAGUACAUUAUUUUCUUUAGGAAUGUAGUGGUGUGAAAGUUGUCAAAAAUAUAAAUAGUAAAGUAAAGUACAGAUACCCCCAAAAAAGUUCUUAAGUAAUACUUUAAGGUAUGUUUACUAAAGUACUUUACACCACUGCUAUUGUGUGUCUCUUGUGUAAAGACAUCGGAUUUCUAGGAUGAUGAUAAUGGUUUGUAUGAUCCUUUUCUCCAGGGCCAAAGAGGAUUCCAAGGACCACAUGGUUUGAAGGUAACCAGUUCAUUCUAAGUAGUUAGAUGAAGGACAAGCAUUAAAUAAAUUGUAAAGGCCUCAUCUACACUGAUCUGAUUACUGUAUAACCUUUGACAUUGGGUUUGGUUAUCUACACUGAUCUGAGUACUGUAUAACCUUUGACAUUGGGUUUGGUUAUCUACACUGAUCUGAGUACUGUAUAACCUUUGACAUUGGGUUUGGUUAUUUACACUGAUCUGAGUACUGUAUAACCUUUGACAUUGGGUUUGGUUAUUUACACUGAUCUGAGUACUGUAUAACCUUUGACAUUGGGUUUGGUUAUUUACACUGAUCUGAGUACUGUAUAACCUUUGACAUUGGGUUUGGUUAUCUACACUGAUCUGAGUACUGUGUAACCUGUAUAACCGUGUAGCUCAGUUGGUAGAGCAUGGCGUUUGCAACGCCAGGGUUGUGAGUUCGAUUCCCACAGGGGGCCAGUAUGAAAAUGUAUGCACUCACUAACUGUAAGUCGCUCUGGAUAAGAGCGUCUGCUAAAUGACUAAAAUGUAAAUGUGAAAACAUUGGGUUUGGUUAUCUACACUGAUCUGAGGACUGUAUUGGGUUUGGUUAUUAAACUGGUAGUUGUUAAGUACAUAAUGAAAUACAAUAACAGAUAUACACAUGACACAGUGGGGAAAAAAAGUAUUUAGUCAGCCACCAAUUGUGCAAGUUCUCCCACUUAAAAAGAUGAGAGAGGCCUGUAAUUUUCAUCAUAGGUACACGUCAACUAUGACAGACAAAUUGAGAUUUUUUUUCUCCAGAAAAUCACAUUGUAGGAUUUUUAAUGAAUUUAUUUGCAAAUUAUGGUGGAAAAUAAGUAUUUGGUAACCUACAAACAAGCAAGAUUUCUGGCUAUCACAGACCUGUAACUUCUUCUUUAAGAGGCUCCUCUGUCCUCCACUCGUUACCUGUAUUAAUGGCACCUGUUUGAACUUGUUAUCAGUAUAAAAGACACCUGUCCACAACCUCAAACAGUCACACUCCAAACUCCACUAUGGCCAAGACCAAAGAGCUGUCAAAGGACACCAGAAACAAAAUUGUAGACCUGCACCAGGCUGGGAAGACUGAAUCUGCAAUAGGUAAGCAGCUUGGUUUGAAGAAAUCAACUGUGGGAGCAAUUAUUAGGAAAUGGAAGACAUACAAGACCACUGAUAAUCUCCCUCGAUCUGGGGCUCCACGCAAGAUCUCACCCCGUGGGGUCAAAAUGAUCACAAGAACGGUGAGCAAAAAUCCCAGAACCACACGGGGGGACCUAGUGAAUGACCUGCAGAGAGCUGGGACCAAAGUAACAAAGCCUACCAUCAGUAACACACUACGCCGCCAGGGACUCAGAUCCUGCAGUGCCAGACGUGUCCCCCUGCUUAAGCCAGUACAUGUCCAGGCCCGUCUGAAGUUUGAAGUGCAUUUGGAUGAUCUAGAAGAGGAUUGGGAGAAUGUCAUAUGGUCAGAUGAAACCAAAAUAUAACUUUUUGGUAAAAACUCAACUCGUCGUGUUUGGAGGACAAAGAAUGCUGAGUUGCAUCCAAAGAACACCAUACCUACUGUGAAGCAUGGGGGUGGAAACAUCAUGCUUUGGGGCUGUUUUUCUGCAAAGGGACCAGGACGACUGAUCCGUGUAAAGGAAAUAAUGAAUGGGGCCAUGUAUCGUGAGAUUUUGAGUGAAAACCUCCUUCCAUCAGCAAGGGCAUUGAAGAUGAAACGUGGCUGGGUCUUUCAGCAUGACAAUGAUCCCAAACACACCGCCCGGGCAACGAAGGAGUGGCUUCGUAAGAAACAUUUCAAGGUCCUGGAGUGGCCUAGCCAGUCUCCAGAUCUCAACCCCAUAGAAAAUCUUUGAAUGGAGUUGAAAGUCCGUGUUGCCCAGCGACAGCCCCAAAACAUCACUGCUCUAGAGGAGAUCUGCAUUGAGGAAUGGGCCAAAAUACCAGCAACAGUGUGUGAAAACCUUGUGAAGACUUACAGAAAACGUUUGACCUGUGUCAUUGCCAACAAAGGGUAUAUAACAAAGUAUUGAGAAACUUUUGUUAUUCACCAAAUACUUAUUUUCCACCUACAAUGUGAUUUUCUGGAUUUUUUUUCUCAUUUUGUCUGUCAUUGUUGACGUGUACCUAUGAUGAAAAUUACAGGCCUCUCUCAUAUUUUUAAGUGGGAGAACUUGCACAAUUGGUGGCUGACUAAAUACUUUUUCCCCCUCUGUAUAUGAGCAGCCUGGAAUUGAAUAGGAUCCCAGAACACAAAGAAAUUAUAUUUAAAAAGUAAUAUUUUUUACAGUAUGUUUCAUAUAAACCCUUACUGAAAAGAGAGUUCUAUAAAGUCAAGUUGAAAUGCUCUGUGUGGUAUGUUUCCUCACCCCUCUCGAAGCCAGACGAUAAAUUGAUCUUCUCAGGGUCUACCAAAAUGAGGUUCUGGAGUAAGGAGAAAACCAAUCGAAUAAUACCCCGGCCAGGCGGCGUGCCCCCCUGCCUCCUCCCCAUCUCACUCGCCCAUCGACCCACCACCCUUCCUUUACCAUGCGCCGGCUCUCCCUCGCUUUCCCCGCACCCGCCCACACCCUCAUUCUUCUCUAGAACACUGCUUUUUCAGUCCCCCCCCCCCCCCCCCAUACCCCAAAACCCCAAAAACACCAAACACAAAACCAACCCACGAAAAAAGAAACCAGGAAAAAAGAGCCCCCAAGAAAAACCCGAGCUACACCAAAACACCCCCCCCCCCAAAAAAAAAAAAAUUCUUAAAAACCCCUUUUCCCCCCGGGCCCCUUUUUUCCCCAAAAAAAUUCCCAAAAAAAGUUUCCCCAAAAAAAUUUUUCACCAAAACCUUUUUUCCCCCAAAUGUCGGGUAGGUCCCUCAACCCCGAAUCAAAAAAAUUUUAAAGAUGUUUAAAUUUUUACUGAAAAGAAGUUCUAAAAUGGUGGAAACUCGUGGAUUUCCUCCCCUUGGCCGCUAUAUCUUCGGGGUCCCCUCCUCCUCGCUGUUCGGAGUAUGUGGUUGAACACAAUCUAUUACCUAUCGACCCCACGCACACGCUCUCUUCGAGAAGUCCCACUGCUCAUGCGCCUCUCGUCUCUCGCUCUUCUCUCUGUCUUCCACCUCCGUUCCCCUAUCACCCUUUCACCUCUUUUUUCUCUAUCCAUCUCUCUCUUUUCUCUCAUACCUCCUCCUCACCCUCUCUCCACUCUCCCGCCUCCCCCCCCCACACAUUCCCCUCUCCCUAACCCCACCUUUUCACCAUCUCCCCCCCCUCCCCCCCCCCCCCCUCCUCUUCAUUGCUGGUUAAAGGGAAGCCUAGACUACCAGGCCAAAGGGACGAGCCGGCCCAGAGUACAUACCCCAGAGAUAAUGAAACUAUCACCAGAGAACAAAUAGUUUCUAUCACCAGAGGACAAAUAGUUUAUAUCACCAGAGAACAAAGAGUUUCUAUCACCAGAGAACAAAGAGUUUCUAUCACCAGAGGACAAAUAGUUUAUAUCACCAGAGAACAAAGAGUUUUUACCACCAGAGGACAAAUAGUUUCUAUCACCAGAGAACAAAGAGUUUUUACCACCAGAGGACAAAUAGUUUCUAUCACCAGAGAACAAAGAGUUUCUAUCACCAGAGAACAAAUAGUCUCUAUCACCAAAGAACAAAGAGUCUCUAUCACCAGAGAACAAAUAGUCUCUAUCACCAGAGAACAAAUAGUCUCUAUCACCAGAGAACAAAGAGUCUCUAUCACCAGGCAAUACCCAAAGACAAAAGCUAUGUGAUCCUCUGCCAUUAUACUUAUUGGUAGAAGCAAACUGUUUGGAUUGACACAGGAAACAGGAUGUAUUACAUUGUGUACCAAGUACUCAGAUACCCCUUUAGUGCACCUGUAGUUGGUUUCGGUUCUAGUUAAAGUUCCCUGGGCAGCUAGUGGUAAUGCAACUCACCCCAGGAACAAGAGCUAGGUCUAAAUGGCAUGACAAGUGCUUAAUUACCUCAGGUCAGAAGUUUGAGCAAUUUAUAUUGGUCUAUAGAGAGGGCUAGUCUUCGAAGGACUCUUGGAAGACUAGCCCUUGGGGGUUAAAAUCAAACUUUAGAGGCUGUAAGUGUAAGUGGGUCGUUCAAUGUAACUACUAUAGAACACUGCAAUACCUCCUGAUUCCCUCUACUGUCCUCUGAUACCCAAAGGGGAUGGUCAAACUGCCAAACCAGCCACAUUGUGGGUCAGACUGCUGCAAUUCUCACAGCAGGUCAAACACCAAAAGAUUGCUGCAAUCUUCUUAAGAGUUCCCCCCCCUAUAGUUUUUAGCCAUACAGUCUGGUAUUUGGGAAAUCGUUCAUUGGUCUUUUCAAUUCUUGAUAUUUACCCAUUGAUUCUUGACGAAUAUAACUUAUAAAUGCCUCUUGAGCUUGACACAACUGUCGAAUCCCAGACUUUAGCUUUAAAAUGAAAUAAAAUUGCCGGAUGUCCUGAGGGGUAUUCUACAAAGCAGGAUCAAGGAGUUAGCCAGCAAAUAUCUCAAAAUAACCUUAUUUUUAAAGAAAGAUAAGCUUGAAAUGGGCUUGGUCUAAUUGACUGAACAACCAAAAACACAUAUACAUUUCGCUUCCUAAUGAACCAGGAAAUCAACAGUUAUUUUUGGUUAUUUAUCAAAGUUAGCUGGCUAACUAAUCGAUCCUCAUUUAUAGUAUACCCCUAUGGUGUCUAGUUGCUAAGCUACAGUCUAAACAGUUCCAACAUCUCCAUGAUGUCUUUGCCUUAACGUCCAACUUUCAACCCCUUGGUGACCAGAAAGGCCUCUAGAACAGCAUGUCUUUACUGGGGUGUACAGUUGGUAGCUCAGUAAUAGGACUCUCUGAAUCAGAGAGGGAUUGCUGGGGCUGUCUGCAGUUAGCCAGACAGGCAGGUCACCAUGGGUCAGUGCUCUACUAAGAAGAAGGGAUAUUAGACUCUUGACACUUCUCUGACUGUUUUCCAGGGUAAAGAAGGUCCUCAUGGACUCAUCGGACUCCCAGGGAUUGCAGGAGAGACGGUAAGUAAAACACGUUACUUAAAAUAAAUGUAUUAAGUAGUCUGCAUCAGGGGUGGGUGGGGUCAAUUCCAUUUCAAUUCAGGAAGUAAUACUCCGUUUUUUGUUCCUGAAUUGAAAUGGAAUUGACCCCACCCUAGUCCUCACCCCUCCAGAAAGAACAGUCUCAUCCUCCCCCUUCUCUCAUCUCUUUAUCUCCCUGUUCCGCUGUUCCCCCAACUUCACCUACCAAAGGACAAUAAGGAAAUACAUAGAUAAACCACUGAGGAGACAGGGAGCGAAAGUAAGAGAGACACAAAGAGAAUAAAGGGGUAGAUGAAGGCAAAGUCUUGAAUUGUUACACAGACGAUCAGUAAUCAAUGAAAUAGUCGGUAGAGGCAGAUCUGAGCGCUUUACGUUACAAGGCAGACAGGGACCCCAAUCUGCUGCUGCAGCUGCUGCACCCAUAAUGAGUAUCUGUCUUUAUUCAGAAGCAGGAGAGGGAAAGAGAGGCGUUUCAUAAAUCCUGGAAAAGGGAGAGGGCGUUGGAACAUGGAGGGCCCACUGAAGCGGAGAGGAGGAGAGAGAUGAAUGUAUCUGUAUUGUAACGGGAGGGGGGACGUGUGUGUGUGUGUGUGUUUUGAGGGGGGUGUAGUAGUGCGUGCGUGGGUACUUGUUAACGUCCAUGUGUGUAUGUCGGUGCGUGUGUGAGUGUGUGAAGGCCUGGUUGAUAGAUAUGGCUGUGUUCUGUCCUCCGUUUCCAGGGAUCGUCGGGGGACCCAGGAAUACCUGGCAGAGACGGUCUUAAAGGAGACAAGGUAGAGCUUCAAGUCAAGUCUUACACCUUUAAGAACAGACAUGCAGGCAGACAUUUGACAGAUGUUUCACCAUCACCGUAGAGGAUGAUGCACGACUUUCAGAUUGGAUAGCCACUCCUCCCUGUAUUAAGUGGUUCUACUGGUGUAUGGGCCUGUAUUAAGUGGUUCUACUGGUGUAUGGGCCUGUAUUAAGUGGUUCUACUGGUGUAUGGGCCUGUAUUAAGUGGUUCUACUGGUGUAUGGGCCUGUAUUAAGUGGUUCUACUUGUGUAUGGGCCUGUAUUAAGUGGUUCUACUGGUGUAUGGGCCUGUAUUAAGUGGUUCUACUGGUGUAUGGGCCUGUAUUAAGUGGUUCUACUGGUGUAUGAGCCUGUACAUGGUGAGCUCAGCUCUACCGUGGCCUAGACGUACACACAACCAUCUCUGACGAGGCUGCAUGCUGCAGUUUGUUUCCUCCACACACACAAACACGCUGUAUCAACAGUGGACUAAUGAAAAAAAAUACAAAGAUAUUGUUUUUUUGUGUCAUUUCCCUUUAACCCCUGUUGUUCUGUGAAAUGAUUCCACUGGGGUGGCAGAUAUCCUCAGCUUUAGCCUCUGACUCCCCCUGCCUCAUCACCCUCACCCCCCUACCUCCCACUCUGUGUGUGUCACUCAGAGAGUGGGGUGGCAGAUGCCCCGCUUUCCCCUCCUGACUCCCCCCUGCCUCACCCGUCUCACCCCCCUCCUACGCCCAUCUCUUCUCUGCGUGUGAACGUCUGUCAUUCAGAGUCACCUCCGUCCUGUAGAGAUAACAUGGCCCAUCUGUCACUGCAGUGGCUGUCUGUCUGUCUGUCUCUCUGAUUGACUGUCUCACUCUCUGUCUGUCUGUCUGUCUGUCUGUCUGUCUGACCUGUCUGUAUGCCUGUCUGUAUGCCUGCCUGCCUGUCUGUCUGUCUGUCUGUCUGAUUGACUGUCUCACUCUCUGUCUGUCUGUCUGUCUGUCUGUAUGUCUGUCUGUCUGUCUGUCUGUCUGUCUGUCUGUCUGUCUGUCUGUCUGUCUGACCUGUCUGUAUGCCUGUCUGUAUGCCUGCCUGCCUGUCUGUCUGUCUGUCUGUCUGUCUGUCUGUCUGUCUGUCUGUCUGUCUGUCUGUCUGUCUGUCUGUCUGUCUGUCUGUCUCUCUGAUUGACUGUCUGUCUGAUUGACUGUCUCACUCUCUGUCUGUCUGUCUGUCUGACCUGUCUGUCUGUCUGAUUGACUGUUUUUCUGAUUGACUGUCUCACUCUCACGGUCUGUCUGUCUGUCUGUCUGUCUGUCUGUCUGUCUGUCUGUCUGUCUGUCUGUCUGUCUGUCUGUCUGUCUGUCUGUCUGUCUGUCUGUCUGUCUGUCUGUCUGUCUGUCUGUUUAUUUAUCUAUCUGUUUGUCUGUCUGUCUGUCUCUCUCCCUAGGGGGACUCUGGUGGUGUGAUGGGACCACAGGGCCUGCCUGGACCCAAGGGAGAGCCUGGAGAGCCAGUAGCUGGAAAUCUGGUGGGUUUAAUGAGGGCUCAUAGGGCUCUGGUCAAGAAUAGUGCACUACAGUAUAUAGGGAAUAGGGUGCCACUUGGCAUGCAACCGGAGAGAGACGCUGUUAUCACCAUCUGAUCUGACCUUAUUGGCUUGUUUGGCCUUAGCCACACACACACACACACACACACACACACACACACACACACACACACACACACACACACACACACACACACACACACACACACAAACACACAAUCAAUCACAUUUGAUUUAUAAAGCCCUUUUUACAUCAGCAGUUGUCACAAAGUGCUUAUACAGAAACCCAGCCCCAAACAGUAAACAAUACAGAUGUAGAAGCACAGUGGCUAAAAACUCCCUAGAAAGGCAAAACCUAGGAAUGAACCUAGAGAGGAACCAGGCUCUGAGGGGUGGCCAGUCUUCUCCUGGCUGUACUGGGUAGAGAGGAACCAGGCUCUGAGGGGUGGCCAGUCCUCUCCUGGCUGUACUGGGUAGAGAGGAACCAGGCUCUGAGGGGUGGCCAGUCCUCUCCUGGCUGUACUGGGUAGAGAGGAACCAGGCUCUGAGGGGUGGCCAGUCCUCUCCUGGCUGUACUCUGAGGGGUGGCCAGUCCUCUCCUGACUGUACAGGGUAGAGAGGAACCAGGCUCUGAGGGGUGGCCAGUCCUCUCCUGGCUGUACAGGGUAGAGAGGAACCAGGCUCUGAGGGGUGGCCAGUCCUCUCCUGGCUGUACUGGGUAGAGAGGAAACAGGUUCUGAGGGGUGGCCAGUCCUCUUUUGGCUGUACUGGGUAGAGAGGAACCAGGCUCUGAGGGGUGGCCAGUCCUCUCCUGGCUGUACUGGGUAGAGAGGAACCAGGCUCUGAGGGGUGGCCAGUCCUCUCCUGGCUGUACUGGGUAGAGAGGAACCAGGCUCUGAGGGGUGGCCAGUCCUCUCCUGGCUGUACUGGGUAGAGAGGAACCAGGCUCUGAGGGGUGGCCAGUCCUCUCCUGGCUGUACUGGGUAGAGAGGAACCAGGCUCUGAGGGGUGGCCAGUCCUCUCCUGGCUGUACUGGGUAGAGAGGAACCAGGCUCUGAGGGGUGGCCAGUCCUCUCCUGGCUGUACUGGGUAGAGAGGAACCAGGCUCUGAGGGGUGGCCAGUCCUCUCCUGGCUGUACUGGGUAGAGAGGAACCAGGCUCUGAGGGGUGGCCAGUCCUCUCCUGGCUGUACUGGGUAGAGAGGAACCAGGCUCUGAGGGGUGGCCAGUCCUCUCCUGGCUGUACUGGGUAGAGAGGAACCAGGCUCUGAGGGGUGGCCAGUCCUCUCCUGGCUGUACUGGGUAGAGAGGAACCAGGCUCUGAGGGGUGGCCAGUCCUCUCCUGGCUGUACUGGGUAGAGAGGAACCAGGCUCUGAGGGGUGGCCAGUCCUCUCCUGGCUGUACUGGGUAGAGAGGAACCAGGCUCUGAGGGGUGGCCAGUCCUCUCCUGGCUGUACUGGGUAGAGAGGAACCAGGCUCUGAGGGGUGGCCAGUCCUCUCCUGGCUGUACUGGGUAGAGAGGAACCAGGCUCUGAGGGGUGGCCAGUCCUCUCCUGGCUAUACAGGGUAGAGAGGAACCAGGCUCUGAGGGGUGGCCAGUCCUCUCCUGGCUGUACUGGGUAGAGAGGAACCAGGCUCUGAGGGGUGGCCAGUCCUCUUCUGGCUGUGACAGGUGGAGAUUAUAACAGUACAUGUCCAUUAAGGCCAGAUCGUUCUUCAAGAUGUUCAAACGUUCAUAGAUGACCAGCAGGGUCAAAUAAUAAUCACAGUGGUUGUGGAGGGUGCCACAGGUCAGCACCUCAGGAGUAAAUGUCACUUGACUUUUCAUAGCCAGGCAUUUGAAGGUUGAAAUAGCAGGUGCGAUAGAGAGAGAGUGAGUUGAAAACAGCAGGUCUGUGACAAGGUAGCACGUCCGGUGAACAGGUCAGGGUUCCAUAGCCGCAGGCAGAAGAGUGGAAACUGGAGCAGCAGCAGGACCAGGUGGACUGGGGAUAGCAAGAAGUCAUCAGGCCAGGUAGUCCUGAGGCAUGGUGCUAGGGCUCAGGUCCUCCGGGAGGGGAGGGAGAGAGGGAGAAUUAUAGGGAGCAUAAUUAAAUUCACACAGAACACCAGAUAAGACAGGAGAAUGACACCAGAUAUAACAGGCUGACCCUAGCCCCUGGCACAUAGACUACUGCAGCAUAGAUACUGGAGGCUGAGACAGUGGGGGUCGGGAGACACUGUGGCCCCGUCCGACGAUACCCCCAGACAGGGCCAACCAGGCAGGAUAUAACCCCACCCACUUUGCCAAACCACAGCCCCCACACCACCAGAGGGAUAUCAACAGACCACCAACCUACUACCCUGAGACAAGGCUGAGUAUAGCGCACAAAGAUCUCCUCCACUGCACGAGCAGUGCCAUUUCCUUUCCAAUUUUCUGGAGGCUUGCUUCAGGGCUCGGGUAUUUUCUGUAUACCAGGGAGCUAGUUUCUUGUGACAAAUUGUUUUUGUUUUUAGGGGUGCGACUGCAUCUAGGGUAUUACGCAAGGUAAAUAUAGAUCCUCAGUUAGGUUGUUAACUGAUUUGUGUACUCCAACGUCCUUGAGUAGGUGGAGGGAGUCUGGAAGGGCCUCUAGGAAUCUUUGGGUUGUCCGAGAAUUUAUAGCACAGCUUUUGAUGGUCCUUGGUUGGGGUCUGAAUAGAGUAUUUGUUGCGAUUGCAAACGUAAUAAUAAGAUGGUGGUCCGAUAGUCCAGGGUUAUGAGGAAAAACAUUUAAAUCCACAAUAUUUAUUCCACGGGACAAAACUAGAUCCAGGGUAUGACUGUGGCAAUGAGUAGGUCCGGAGACAUGUUGGACAAAACCCACUGAGUCGAUGAUGGCUCCGAAAGCCUUUUGGAGUGGGUCUGUGGACUUUUCCAUAUGACUAUUAAAGUCACCAAAAAUUAGAAUAUCAUCUGCCAUGACUACAAGGUCCGAUAGGAAUUCAGGGAACUCAGUGAGGAACUCUGUAUACGGCCCAGGAGGCCUGUAAACAGUAGCUAUAAUGAGUGAUUGAGUAGGCUGCAUAGAUUUCAUGACUAGAAGCUCACAAGAUGAAAACGCAGUCAUUUUGUUUUGGGUAAAUUGACAUUUGCUAUUGUAAAUGUUAGCAACACCUCUGCCUUUGCGGGAUGCGCGGGGGAUAUGGUCACUAGUGUAACCAGGAGUAGAGGCCUCAUUUAACACAGUAAAUUCAUCAGGCUUAAGCCAUGUUUCAGUCAGGCCAAUCACAUGAAGAUUAUGAUCUGUGAUUAGUUCAUUGACCAUAACUGCCUUGGAAGUGAGGGAUCUAACAUUAAGUAGCCCUAUUUUGAGAUGUGAUACAGUGGGGAAAAAAAGUAUUUAGUCAGCCACCAAUUGUGCAAGUUCUCCCACUUAAAAAGAUGAGAGAGGCCUGUAAUUUUCAUCAUAGGUACACGUCAACUAUGACAGACAAAAUGAGGAAAAAAAAUCCAGAAAAUCACAUUGUAGGAUUUUUAAUGAAUUUAUUUGCAAAUUAUGGUGGAAAAUAAGUAUUUGGUCAAUAACAAAAGUUUCUCAAUACUUUGUUAUAUACCCUUUGUUGGCAAUGACACAGGUCAAACGUUUUCUGUAAGUCUUCACAAGGUUUUCACACACUGUUGCUGGUAUUUUGGCCCAUUCCUCCAUGCAGAUCUCCUCUAGAGCAGUGAUGUUUUGGGGCUGUCGCUGGGCAACACAGACUUUCAACUCCCUCCAAAGAUGUUCUAUGGGGUUGAGAUCAGGAGACUGGCUAGGCCACUCCAGGACCUUGAAAUGCUUCUUACGAAGCCACUCCUUCAUUGCCCGGGCGGUGUGUUUGGGAUCAUUGUCAUGCUGAAAGACCCAGCCACGUUUCAUCUUCAAUGCCCUUGCUGAUGGAAGGAGGUUUUCACUCAAAAUCUCACGAUACAUGGCCCCAUUCAUUCGUUCCUUUACACGGAUCAGUCGUCCUGGUCCCUUUGCAGAAAAACAGCCCCAAAGCAUGAUGUUUCCACCCCCCUGCUUCACAGUAGGUAUGGUGUUCUUUGGAUGCAACUCAGCAUUCUUUGUCCUCCAAACACGACGAGUUGAGUUUUUACCAAAAAGUUCUAUUUUGGUUUCAUCUGACCAUAUGACAUUCUCCCAAUCCUCUUCUGGAUUAUCCAAAUGCACUCUAGCAAACUUCAGACAGGCCUGGACAUUUACUGGCUUAAGCAGGUGGACACGUCUUGCACUGCAGGAUUUGAGUCCCUGGCGGCGUAGUGUGUUACUGAUGGUAGGCUUUGUUACUUUGGGCCCAGCUCUCUGCAGGUCAUUCACUAGGUCCCCCCGUGUGGUUCUGGGAUUUUUGCUCACCGUUCUUGUGAUCAUUUUGACCCUACGGGGUGAGAUCUUGCGUGGAGCCCCAGAUCGAGGGAGAUUAUCAGUGGUCUUGUAUGUCUUCCAUUUCCUAAUAAUUGCUCCCACAGUUGAUUUCUUCAAACCAAGCUGCUUACCUAUUGCAGAUUCAGUCUUCCCAGCCUGGUGCAGGUCUACAAUUUUGUUUCUGGUGUCCUUUGACAGCUCUUUGGUCUUGGCCAUAGUGGAGUUUGGAGUGUGACUGUUUGAGGUUGUGGACAGGUGUCUUUUAUACUGAUAACAAGUUCAAACAGAUGCCAUUAAUACAGGUAACGAGUGGAGGACAGAGGAGCCUCUUAAAGAAGAAGUUACAGGUCUGUGAGAGCCAGAAAUCUUGCUUGUUUGUAGGUGACCAAAUACUUAUUUUCCACCAUAAUUUGCAAAUAAAUUCAUAAAAAAUCCUACAAUGUGAUUUUCUGGAAUUUUUUUUCUCAAUUUGUCUUUCAUAGUUGAUGUGUACCUAUGAUGAAAAUUACAGGCCUCUCUCAUCUUUUUAAGUGGGAGAACUUGCACAAAUAGUGGCUGACUAAAUACUUUUUUGCCCCACUGUAUAUCACAAUCUCUUUCAAUAAUGACAGGAAUGGAGGAGGUCUUUAUUCCAGUGAGAUUGCUAAGGCAAACACCGCCAUGUUUAGUUUUGCUCAACCUAGAUCGAGGCACAGACACGGUCUCAAUGGGGAUAGCUGAGCUGACUACACUGACUGUGCUAGUGGCAGACUCCACUAAGCUGGCAGGCUGGCAAAUAGCCUGCUGCCUGGCCUGCACCCUAUCUCAUUGUGGAGCUAGAGGAGUUCGAGCCCUGUCUAUGUUGAUAGAUAAGAUGAGAGCACCCCUCCAGCUAGGAUGGAGUCUGUCACUCCUCAGCAGGCCAGGCUUGGUCCUGUUUGUUGGUGAGUCCCAGAAAGAGGGCCAAUUAUCUACAAAUCCUAUCUUUUGGGAGGGGCAGAAAACAGUUUUCAACCAGCGAUUGAGUUGUGAGACUCUGCUGUAGAGCUCAUCACUCGCCCUAACUGGGAGGGGACCAGAGACAAUUACUCGAUGCCGACACAUCUUUCUAUCUAAUUUACACACUGCAGCUGUGUUGCUCUUGGUGACCUCUGACUGUUUCAUCCUAACAUCAUUGGUGCCGACGUGGAUAACAAUAUCCCUAUAGUCUCUACACUCACCAGUUUGAGCCUUAGCCAGCACCAUCUUCAGAUUAGCCUUUAUGUCGGUAGCCCUGCCCCCUGGUAAACAGUGUAUGAUCGCUGGAUGAUUCUUUUUAAGUCUAAAAUUGCGGGUAAUGGAGUCGCCAAUAACUAGGGUUUUCAAUUUGUCAGAGCUAAUGGUGGUAGGCUUCAGUGGCUCAGACCCCGUAACGGGUGGAGGAGAGACCCGAGAAGGCUCGACCUCUGACUCCGACUCGUUGCUUAAUGGGGAGAACCGGUUGAAAGUUUCUGUCGGCUGAAUGAGCGACACCGGUUGAGCAUGCCGACAGCAUUUCUUUCCAGAAGCCUUGAGAAAAUUGUCCGGCUGCGGGGACCGUGCGAGGGGAUUUAUACUACUAUCUAUACUUACUGGUGGCACAGACGCUGUUUCAUCCUUUCCUACACUUACAUUGUCCUUGCCUAACGAUUGCAUCUGAAGCUGUGCUUGCAGCACGGCUAUCCUCACCAUAAGGCGAUAGUUCUCCUGUAUAUUAUGAGUACAGCGACUGCAAUUAGAUGGCAUAGUGUUAAUGUUACUACUUAGCUUCGGCUGGUGGAGGUCCUGUAGAACCAUGUCCAGAUAAAGCGUCCGGGGACAAAAACUUGAAUUAAAAAAGUAGAGCGAGUGAAACAUAUAAAAAAUAACUACGAUGUUGGUAAAAUGUGUUAAAUGAAGACAGAUUAAACGGGUUUAAAAAAAGUAAAAACCGUCAAGUUUGGCAGGUAGCCAAGCGGCAAUAAACAGUGCAGCACGGAGACAAGUGACACGCUCAAAACACACACGAACACACACACACACACACACACACACACACACACACACACACACACACACACACACACACACACACACACACACACACACACACACACACACACACACACACACACACACACACACACACACACACACACACACACACACAAACACACACACACACACACACACACACACACACACACACACACACACACACACACACACACACACACACACACACACAGUAGAUUAGUAUAUCACUUUGGAAUUAAGUGCAUGGUAUUCAGUCAUCACUGGACAUGCACUUACGCACACACACACACACACACGAACAGACACACACACACACACACACACACACACACACACACACACACACACACACACAGUAGAUUAGUAUAUCACUGUGGAAUUCAGUGCAUGGUAUUCAGUCAUCACUGGACAUGCACUUACGCACACACACACACACACACACGAACAGACACAUACAAACACACAAACACACACACACACACACACGCACACACAGAGUAGUAGAUCAGCUAGGAACAGCUGCGACGACAGCAGCAAACAUGUUGACUGAGAGAAAGAGUGCCUCUCGUAGCACAGCCUUGACAUCAUGCAGAUGCAAUGCUAUUAAGUAAUCCACCAUUCAUUAACACCAGCCACGGUAAUGUCCUAUCCACCCCCAUUCUGAGGCUUAAAGCUGUCAGCACACUAUUUUGCGGACCCGGCUUUGCAUUCAGAAGUGUUCAUUACAUACAGGUUACUGCCAAAAUAAAGGAAACCCCAACAUAAAGUGUCUUAAUAGGGUGUUGGGUCACCACGAGCCAGAACAGCUUCAAUGUGCCUUGGCAUAGAUUCUACAAGUGUCUGAAACUCUUUUGGAGGGAUCCGACACCAUUCUUCCACGAGAAAUUCCAUCAUUUGGUCUUUUGUUGAUGGUGGUGUAAAACGCCGCUCCAGAAUCUCCCAUAAGUGUUCAACUGGGUUGAGAACUGGUGACUGACACACACACACACACACACGCUUUUUAAAAAAUUCCUUUGAGACCCCACUUUCAAGGUCACUGAGAUCUCUUCUAGCCAUGGUAGCCAAAAUAAUGGGCAACUGGGCAUUUCUAUACAUGACCCUAAGCAUGAUGGGAUGUUAAUUGCCUAAUUAACUCAGGAACCACACCUUUAUGGAAGCACCCACUCAUUUACUCAAGUGUUUCCUUUAUUUUGGCAGUUACCUGUACAUACACAGCACCUGCAGUACCAGUUAGUUACCUGUACAUACACAGCACCUCCAGUACCAGUUAGUUACCUGUACAUACACAGCACCUGCAGUACCAGUUAGUUACCUGUACAUACACAGCACCUGCAGUACCAGUUAGUUACCUGUACAUACACAGCACCUACAGUACCAGUUAGUUACCUGUACAUACACAGCACCUGCAGUACCAGCUAGUUACCUGUACAUACACAGCACCUGCAGUACCAGUUAGUUACCUGUACAUACACAGCACCUGCAGUACCAGCUAGUUACCUGUACAUACACAGCACCUGCAGUACCAGCUAGUUACCUGUACAUACACAGCACCUGCAGUACCAGUUAGUUACCUGUACAUACACAGCACCUGCAGUACCAGUUAGUUACCUGUACAUACACAGCACCUGCAGUACCAGUUAGUUACCUGUACAUACACAGCACCUGCAGUACCAGUUAGUUACCUGUACAUACACAGCACCUGCAGUAUCAGCUAGUUACCUGUACAUACACAGCACCUGCAGUACCAGUUAGUUACCUGUACAUACACAGCACCUGCAGUACCAGUUAGUUACCUGUACAUACACAGCACCUGCAGUACCAGUUAGUUACCUGUACAUACACAGCACCUGCAGUACCAGUUAGUUACCUGUACAUACACAGCACCUGCAGUAUCAGCUAGUUACCUGUACAUACACAGCACCUGCAGUACCAGUUAGUUACCUGUACAUACACAGCACCUGCAGUACCAGCUAGUUACCUGUACAUACACAGCACCUGCAGUACCAGUUAGUUACCUGUACAUACACAGCACCUGCAGUACCAGUUAGUUACCUGUACAUACACAGCACCUGCAGUACCAGUUAGUUACCUGUACAUACACAGCACCUGCAGUAUCAGCUAGUUACCUGUACAUACACAGCACCUGCAGUACCAGUUAGUUACCUGUACAUACACAGCACCUGCAGUACCAGCUAGUUACCUGUACAUACACAGCACCUGCAGUACCAGCUAGUUACCUGUACAUACACAGCACCUGCAGUACCAGUUAGUUACCUGUACAUACACAGCACCUGCAGUACCAGUUAGUUACCUGUACAUACACAGCACCUGCAGUACCAGCUAGUUACCUGUACAUACACAGCACCUGCAGUACCAGUUAGUUACCUGUACAUACACAGCACCUGCAGUACCAGUUAGUUACCUGUACAUACACAGCACCUGCAGUACCAGUUAGUUACCUGUACAUACACAGCACCUGCAGUACCAGUUAGUUACCUGUACAUACACAGCACCUGCAGUACCAGUUAGUUACCUGUACAUACACAGCACCUGCAGUACCAGUUAGUUACCUGUACAUACACAGCACCUGCAGUACCAGUUAGUUACCUGUACAUACACAGCACCUGCAGUACCAGUUAGUUACCUGUACAUACACAGCACCUGCAGUACCAGUUAGUUACCUGUACAUACACAGCACCUGCAGUACCAGUUAGUUACCUGUACAUACACAGCACCUGCAGUACCAGUUAGUUACCUGUACAUGCACAGCACCUGCAGUACCAGUUAGUUACCUGUACAUGCACAGCACCUGCAGUACCAGUUAGUUACCUGUACAUGCACAGCACCUGCAGUACCAGUUAGUUACCUGUACAUACACAGCACCUGCAGUACCAGUUAGUUACCUGUACAUACACAGCACCUGCAGUACCAGCUAGUUACCUGUACAUGCACAGCACCUGCAGUACCAGUUAGUAGCAGAGCUUCACAGCCAAGACGUCUUGGUUGACUUGACUGUGUUUCAGACCUGGGUUCAAAUACUAUUUGAAAUCAUUCAUAUUUUUGGAGAGUUUGCUCCAGCCUGCCUGGAGUGCCAUAUGGGCAGGGUUUACAGUCUUGGAACUAGCAGUAUAGGUAUGAGUGCCAAAUGCCACCCGGUUCCCUAAGGUGUUCCAAAGCCCUGGUCAAAAGUAGUGCACUAUGUAGGGAAUAGGGUGCCAGCUCUCAGGUUGGGCUAGGGCAAUCAUGUUUGUUUGUACAUGGAAGGAGCUAAACUGAACAUUAAGCAUGACAGCGGAACUACUCAUUAGGUCGAAGCGCACACAUACACACACACACACACACACACACACACACACACAUUAAGAGCUAAUGUGUUCGGUAGAGCAGAGUAAUAAGAGAGAUGUUGACAUGCUAAUAGUGUCAGGGAGAGGUAUGGCUCUGAGAUAG